UCUCCCCAUAAUACAAAAGAGGAAGGUUGACUCGAUUUGAGACGCACCCUGUGAGACUGAAACCAUGGCAACCACGAGACCGGAAGUCACAUGGAGCGGCGUGUGUUUUUUUUUUUUUAUGGUGUUGAUGAUUAGCUCAGUUGUUGGAAGCUUGUUUGUGCAAAUUGAACGUUACUUUAUUAUGGCUGCAAAACGGAAUCUUCCAACAUGGAUGGUGGCAUCUGAUCAUAAAAACGAGCAGAUUAAAGAGUCUCUAAAGAGGAAAGCGGAAGUAAACACAAACAAACGAGUAGGAAAAAAGUGCAUCAAACGAAUGAUGUACUGGAUGAAUGAAAGGGAGCUUGUAGAAGCAGCAGUCAGUGUUCUAAGCAGAGAUAACAGAGAGCCAGCUCCGGCAGAGAGACGUGCUCCUCUGAACACUGAAACAUCCCUGAUUCCAGAUACUGAUCACAAAGAGACGACAGACUCGGACGUUUCGGAUCCAGCCCUGGAUUAUGCUGAGCAAGAGACUGUACCGUACAAUGAACCUCUAAAGGAGAGGUGUAGCAGUGCAUCAGAGAGCUCUGGUGAACAGCCUGUAGCUUUGCCAACAGGUUUGGACAAGAAAGCUGAGUCUAAGGAGGACAACUGUCAGAAUAAUCCUGAUCAUGAAGCCCUGCAGGUGCUGCAAGACAUCUUUUUCAGAUGAAACUGAAACAAGACAGCUGAAGGGUUUAGUUUGUACUGCACUAAAACUACUGAACUGCUCAUUCAGGGACAACACCAGAUUAAUCUGUAUUAUUAUCCUCUGUUUAAAGUCUUCACUCAGUGUCUUGUGUUGCCACUGGGUUCAGUGUCAGCUAAGGAAGGCUGUAAACAAAAUAUAUAUAGGGAUGAAUAAUUGGUAGGUAAUUAAACAUUAAAUGUCUUGGUAAAGUGUUGGACCACCACCAACCACCAGAACAUAUUGGAAUUAUCUUGGCACAGAUUUUGUUCUGGAGUCAUGAACACUAUUUUUAAACAACAUUCCCUAAACUGCUGUUAGCGUGAUGAUGCUGUAGAGUGCUAACAUUUUUCAAGUUUUCAAUUAAAUAAGUAUUUAAUGAAGCUGAGAUCUGGUGACUGGAAAAACCCAUAGAAUAUGAGUGACAUCAAUUUCAUCCCCAUUAAACCAUUCAGUGAAACUAUGUGCUCUGGGGAUGGGAGCAGAAUCAUCCAGUUAGAGACCAGGAUAUGGUUACGUCAUAGGAUCGAGGUGAUCAGGUAGAAGAUACCAAAGGAAAACAGCUUCUGGAUUUCCUCAGUGUUGGGGUAAAAUAUAUCUGUAUAUGACAGUGCUCUAAUCUUGUGUACAUCACAUGUGCAGUCACAUAUUCACACUAGUUGAGAUGAUGAAAAAUGACUCCUUGCUUUACCACAAGUGCUGAUUUUUUUUUUUAAUGCAUUCAGCCGUGUAACGAGUGAUUUUUGCUCAACAGCCCUAAUA